AUGAUUGCACUGAUUAUACUGGCGAACACUGUUGGCCAUAGAUCGACUCCGGAACUUCCGCUUUCAGAAGAUCCUCAAGGAGAUGUGCAUCCUGAAGAACCCGAAGUAGCAGAGACUGCCACGGCAGAAAGAUCGCCCCAAGCAGCCUCAGCUGAAGGCGCAGACGCAGCAGAGGCAGAAGAGGCAGCAGACAAACCUGCACCCCUCGAGGCUCCCACAGACCCCAGCGAUGUGGCUGCAGCCACGCUGCCAGAGGCUCCUGUAGCCGCCGGAGCUGUGCAGGCUCAGACAGAUGAAGGCGCAAGCCCAAAAGCCGAAGACGAGAAUCUUCAGCUGACAGAGCCCAGAGAACCAGCAGGUAAUGAGAGUCUGCUAGUUGACCCAGCUGAGGCAGCUGAAGGGCCACCCGCUGAAGGCACGUCUGAAGCCGCGGCUGAAGCUGCGGCUGAAGCCACGGCCGAGGCGACGGCUGAAGCCACGGCCGAGGCCACGGCUGAAGCCACGGCUGAAACCACGAAGUCCUCUGCCGAAGUUUCCGCAGCAGCCCCUCUUGCAGAGGAUCACGUAGCACCUGCAGCGACAGAGGGUGUAGCUGGUGAAGCAGUGGCAGAAGCGACUGAAGCACAGUCAGCCCCGGCCAGACCACCCUGGCCUGCUGCGCCAGCAGAGGAGCCUCUCCAGAAGCCUCAGAAAGCAGAAGAGACAAGCGAGGCCGCGAAACCAGCGCCACGCUCGCGCGAAACGCCCUCCCAGAAAAAAAAUCUGCAGCGGUCUGGCAGCGCGCCGCCAGCUCGUGGCUACCAGGUCGCCCAAGCCUACAAGAACUCGAUUGAUCUCCCGCCGCGAUGGAGCAUGCGCCCGAAAACCAAUUUUGGGUCUCCCUUCAAGUCAUCCAAGCAAGCUGACGAAGGUGGAAUGUCUCCUGACAUGAGCUCCAAGUACAAUGAAAUCAGACCCCGAGCACCUGCUUGGAGCAUGAUUCCUCGGAGCUCUGGCAUCACCAAGACGUCAGAUCAGCCGGGACCGGGUGAGUAUGCGCAGCCCAGCACACUGUAUGGUUCACACCCGCAACUGCCAGUGCCCGGCAGGGUGUGCAAGUCCACACAGCGCCGAACGGGACCAACAGACCAGUUGGGGGAGAUGAAAAACAAUCCCAGCCCGCAUGAUUAUGACAUUGUGUGCUCUGGGCCUGACAAAACUCACAAGUUUGGUCGUGUGGACCAGGCAUCUGCGCCCAAGUUCACAAUGCGGCCAAAGGUGGCUUUCGGAUCGCAGUUCAAGAACGCAAAGCAAGCGGAAGAAGGCGGUAUGGCAGGUGAUAUGAGCUCCAAGUACAAUGAAAUCAGACCCCGAGCACCUGCUUGGAGCAUGAUUCCUCGGAGCUCUGGCAUCACCAAGACGUCAGAUCAGCCGGGACCGGGACAGUAUUUGCAGCCCAGCACGCUGUAUGGAAGUCAUCCGCAGCUCAAAGUACCUGGCCGCGUGGCCAAGACCACUUCAGAGAGGUUUCCGCCUCCUAAGGAGGACAACACACCGCUCUGA